AUGGACCCAGCAGAGGAGCUCCCAAAGCAGCAGGGGGAUUUCCUGGAUGAGACGGGGCAGAAGCCAGGACCUGACAAUGAUGUGGAAGCCCCGGCGCAGCCUGAGGCCAGUGGGGAGGGGCAGCACCAGUGCCCCGCUCUCCUGUGGGACACCCUAGCCAAGCAGUUUCUGGAGUACGAGCAGGCGUCUCCUUAUCUCAUCCCAGAAGAGCAGCAGAGGAGGCUGCUGGGCUUCCUUCCCCUCUUCCUAAAGGCCUGGGAAGAGUCUGCUGGGAUAGUCUCUUUCCCGAACAUUCAAUUUUUAGCAAGUGAGGUUUCCAAACUUCUGACCAAAGAAAUCAAGAAGAAGCUAAACGGCAAACCUGCAGAGGACGCUCGGCUGGCCAUGGGGCAGUUGCUGCAGCUGAAAGGGGAAGAGGAAGAUGGCUGUGUGCUUCUGAGAUCGGUGUACCUCCUCUCACAGAUUGACUCGGGGACACUGUGGAACAUCAUCAAAUCCGGCCUUCCGGUUGCUCUGAUGCAGUGCCUGUACCUUUUCUUCACCUUUCCUUUGGGGAAAGCCAGUGAUGGAGGGACAAGGGAGGAGGACGAGCAAGUUCAGGAGAUGUUUGUUCAGACAAUGCUCAACUUAUACAGGGAGGAACAAGGUUUAGAGGAACUUCUGUCAGCUGCCGAGCUUCAGUCUCUAAUUAUAGCGACGGCCUCACUCUGGGACCAGUGCAACCUUUCGUGGAAAGCACCCACAGGCCGUGUGCUUCGGACAAUUUCAAAGGCCCAGACCAAAACUGCCAUCAUGUACCUACAAGCUGCGGACUGCAUUAAGAUAGCCAUUCAGAAUCUGUUCAAGUUGGCUGACACCUUGCCGGCUUCUGACAUGUGUGAGGCAGUUAGCAUCAUCCUGUGUUUUGUGAAGGAUUCCUAUCCUAUCUCCUCAGCUUUGCUUUUGGAGUUUGAAAAUAAUGAUGGAUACCAGCUCCUGGUAAAAAUUUUACUGAGGUGGGAGGGAUCUCCGCACAGUGAAGGAGACCACCAUGUCGAAGAGGUGCUGGAUCUACUGACUUGCCUCACAGUCUGUGGGAAAACUGAACUGAAAGUUUCUGGCAACAUUACACAUCCUCAGCUACCGCACUUUGAUUUUGAACAGACACAAUCCUCUGGAAUGACAGUGAAAAACCUCCAGGCUUUUCAGGUGUUGCAGUCCAUCUUCCAGAAAACCAGCGAUCUGCACCUCUGUAGGAGAAUCUUACUGGCUAUAAAAACCAUGUGGGCCUGGGACACAAUGAACUUCUUCUUCCUGGAAUGGACGUUACAGCCCAUCUCCCAGUUCACUGACAUCAUCCCCCUCAAACCGCACCUGGUUCAGAUACAGUUCUUCCAGCUGGUGGAAUCAGUGGUGCUAGAACUGUCCUACAUCCCCCAUGAAAUCCUGAAGAAGGUUGAGUGUUUGAUAAAGGAGAACUUGGUGCUGUCCUGCACCAUAGCUGCUCUGCGGUGCCUUCACAGCAUCACCAAGAGGGACUUGCUCUUCACUGACAUAUUUAGAGACUCUGGGCUCUUGGGCCAGCUGCUGACUCAGCUGAGGAAGCAAGCCAAGAUCCUGAGGAAGACAG